AUGCAGUUUGAGGUGAACGAUGAAGAGGAGGAAGAAGAUGAUGAUGAUGAUGAUGAUGAUGCUGGUGGUGGUGAAGAUUCUGAAGAUGAAGAUUCCGAUAAUGAAAAAUAUGAAGAGGAUCUUUUAUUGGCUUUGGGUGAGGGUUAUUCUGAAGAACGAAAUGAUUUACCUGAUACUUCCAAUCAGGCAAAUGCUACUCCUUCAAAGUUCAAUCUGCCAUUUCUCAAAAAAUCACAGGAUAAUAGCUUGUGUUUGCCUGCUGACUUAGACAUUCUUAACUUGAACACACAACUCUCAAAGUGGGCUGUACCUGGAACUCCUGAUAAUACCAAUACCAAUGCCAGCACCUGUUUAUUCUUGAACAACAUCUACCAGACCUUGUUGGUGGAAAAUCUUACAAAAUUACGACAGAAACUAGCUGAAAAUCAAGAAAAACAGAAAGUACUGCAUGAGAAAAUCAAAGAAAGUCUCAAAAAUGAUGUCAAUAAACAGAGAAAAAAUGUUUUCUGCAUUCCAUACUUCCAUAGGAAAGGCAAAACGCCUGAACCAAACGAACACACGAAAAUUCUUCAAACAUGGCACUAUGAUAAGAUUGAUCGAGAGAAACAAUGGACAAACAAGGACCAUGAACUCUUGAUUGAUGCUAUUCAUGAAAAUGCAUGGGAAAUGGCACUGAAACCUUUUCUACAAAGGAUCGAAAUUUGUUCGGUGAAAAUGGCAGCAACUGAUGAUGAAACAGAAAAGGAUGAGUUUGAACAGAAAAUAGAAGACAUCGAAUUAGAACUGGAAAUUGCCCAACAGCAAGAUAUUAAUGAAAUUAUCAUGAAAAUUGAUGAUGAAAAAUUUGACUGGAUGAAAAUUAGCAAUCUGACAUUUGAUGGAAAGCACAGUGAUUUUUCUUGUCGUUUGAUGUGGAAAAACUGGCUUCAUCCUAGGUUGAACAAAUCUCCAUGGACCCAGACAGAAACCACAAAGCUAAAGGAACUGGUGGAUUUACAUGGAUGUAAUCAGUGGAAACUCAUUGCUGAAGAACUUGGGACAAAUCGAACACCCUUCCAUUGCCUGCAGCAUUAUCGACGAAAAUUGGAUGCUCAAGUAAGAAGAGAUUGGACAGAGGAAGAGGACAAAAUCCUGAAAGAAGUCAUAGAAACAUGUCGAAUUGGAGACAGUAUUCCAUGGAAUCAAGUCUCUUUCUACAUGGAAGAGCGAAGUGCUGAUGCUUGUAGUAAAAGAUGGUCUUUCUUGAACCCAGCUAUAAAACAUGGACGUUGGACAAUUGAAGAAGAUUCACUGCUUUUAGCAGGAGUGAAUAUGCUUGGAACUACCAACUGGAAUCGUCUUAAACAUUUAGUACCAGGACGUACUAUAGCCCAGUGCCGUGAAAGAUAUAUAAAUUGUCUGGAUCCUUGUAUCAAGGCUGAAGCUUUUACAUAUGAUGAAGAUAAAUUACUUCUAAAAUUUGUAAAGGAACAUGGUUACAACUGGGCAACUGUUUCUGCCAUGCUUCCUGGACGAACAGAUGGUGCCUGCCGGAAACAAUACGAAAAACUCAAAAAAUGGGAAACACAAUCACAAUAUGUGUCGAAACAGAGUGAUGAAUCUAAGACAUUCUUCAUUCGUAAAUUUGAUGUAAAACGCUUUGCAGACCUUGUAGAAGCUAAUAAGACAUUAGAUGACCUUUUCCCUUUGCUCCCACAUCAAAAUGAUAUUGAAACAAUAUGGAAAAAUCAGCAGCAAAUACUCAAGAGAGAUUUGGUCCGGCAGGAACUUGAUCGAAGGAAAGGAGAAAUUUUUGUACCUCGACCACAGCUACUGCGAAAAUACACAAAUAACUCACUAGUAAAACUGUGGGAAGAUCGCAAGAAAAUACGGCAGAGCAUAGAAGAGUUUAUUGAGAAACAAAUGGUUAAAAAUAAGGAUAAAUCUCCCAGGAAAAGAAAAGGGUACACUAUUAUUUCUCCAAAACUGGAUAACCUAAAACCUAACACAAGUGUGACUGAAAUGUUAAAGAUAGCCCGUUGUAUUACUAAUCAGCCUGUGCCAGAGAAAGUCUCAAACAAAAAACAUCUUUGCUCUGAUGUUGACAAAAGAAUCAAGAACUUGUUAUACCUUCAUUGGCUCAAGGAAGACAUGAAGGAUCAACCAAAAUUAACUAGCAAUAAAUCAAAAGCAAAUUGUGAAGAAGAAAAAUAUCUGGACAAACUGGAAGGCAUGACACUGAUAAUGACUGCACUUGGUAUGGAUCACAAGAACGUUACAAACAAAGUAUUGUAUGGCCCAAGCAGUGGGGCAUUUCAAUCCGCAAGUUACUUGACUGCAGAAGAGCUACAGAACUUUAAAGAGGAGUUCCUGCUUAUUUCCCAGGAUCCACUGUGCAGUGGGAACUUUUCAGGAGAGAAAACCCCAAAGGUUGAAUAUACUGACAAUGUCCCUCCAAAUAUUCAUACACUGACUGCUUUCCGAUUAUUAAUUCUCGAAAGGCAAAAUCUACAGAAAUCAGCUGAUUGUUUUCCAAACUUUCAGAAGAAAGCCAACACAUAUCCAGAUGAGUUAUGCAAUAACCUGAACCCUCUAGCUGAGAAGAUGGAAAGGGUAAAGCAGUCUUAUUGGUACAAAACGCUCCAAGUUCAUUUUCGUUCAUUAUUCAUGUGGCCUGCCUUGCUGUCCACUUUGAGUGGAGUACAACAAAAAUUGGUAACUUCAAAGCCUUGCUCCAAUGCGAAACGUAAAAAAAACAAAUACCCCUUGACAUCAAGACAACAAAAGUUUCGUAAAAAGAGAAAAAUACAUCAUCAAACUGAUGGUGCCUGUCAUUCCAGCAAUAACCAAAUAGACCAGAUUCCCAAACCCAGUGAAGAAAGUAACAGUUCAGAAGUAACAACAACUGCUACUGUUGCACAAACCCAUGAGAAGCAAAUCCCACAAAAAAGGGGUAAAGGUCGUCCAGUCGGCUCUCAAAGACGCCGUCGACGGGUUGUCACCACACCAGCACUGAGUACCACGCUGAAGAGCUGCAUACUUUCUGAAUUGGCUAUGGCAGGAAAGGAUGCACCGACCGAUUGUCAUGAAGAAUGUGUCCGAGAAGAGCUCAGACAAUUGCUUGGAUCUUUCUUUGUGGUCGUUCUCUUUAUAGCAGCCGAUGUAAAUACUGUUAAGACCUGA